CUUUAACAAAAUAGAUAAUAUUAAAAUCCAAGAGGGAGAUCCUCUUCGUGAACUAGUGUCUCCGAAUGAUACGACGUUAAAAUAUUUGUGUCUUCUCUAUUUUCUGUUUGUAUUGCUAAAUUGAUAUGGUAUCAGAGCCCCACGACUAAGGGCUUGGUUUAAUUUUUUCGGCCGCAGUCUUUUGUUCUGGGUUAUCGUGUUCAUCAGCUUUUCAAGACUUCUUCUGGUUUUUUGGAUUUUGUCUUUCGUCCGCUUCGCCUCCGAGGUUUGUUCUUCUUCUUGUCUGCUUUGCUCCUUGCGGCCUGUUUCCUGGGUAUCAUGUUCUUUGCUUCUUGUUUAGGGAUUGGUGUUUGCCCUAGCUCUUGGUGUUUGAUCGUUUUCAGUCGUUUUUCUCAUUUCUUCGUUGGCCUUACUAUUGAUCCUAGAAAAUUCGACCAGUUGACCAUCAAGUUUGAUGGAAAGAAUUUGUUCUUUGGGAGUUCCAGUUUCGCAACCUGGUUGAAGGGCGUCGUUUGCUUGAUAUUUUGAUGGGUGAUGUUCCAUGCCCUGCUGCGACUGCUGACGCUAAGGAACGUUCUAAUGGGCAGUAGGCAACGCCCAAAUUAUUACUUGGCUCCUAGCCUCUGUUGAUCCUCUCACCUCUCUUACUCUUCGGCGGUUUCCUACGACGGUUGCAAUGUGGACUCAUCUUCGUACUAUCCACUUCCAGCAAGAUGCUUCGCGCUAGUUUCAACUCGAGACAGAAUUGGCCAAUCUUUGUCAAGGAUAUUGCGAUAUUCAAACUUACUAUCACACAAGCAUUAAUAUCUAGACAAAGCAUGAUCUUUUGACCGCCUCCUAGCUCUCUGGUGUUGCCUAAGCCGAACUCAUUGUCGAGUGUUCUCGCUCUCGUUUGAUGCAAUUUUUAUUGCGUCUCUGCUUGGAUUUCGAGUAUCUUUGUUCAUCUCUCUUUCAUUGCAACUUGACCAGCAUUGAUGUGGUCGUUGUUAAGCUCGUCCGCGAGUAGACUAGGCUUAAAUUCUAAGCUCAACUUGAUUCGUCGGCUGCUACGUUAGACACUACCUUUGUCGUUGGUAGUGGUACUUCUUCGGGACUUCCACAAUUCCAGCGUCCUAACUACAGUACUCUUACUUGUCAUUUUUUUUAAAAAAGCAUAAUAUUUGCUCUUAUUGCAAGAAAUCAGGUCAUGUUCUCUUCGAUUGCCCAAAUCUUGCUCGUUGCGGCCAGUCUGCUCGCCGUCCUUCCUCUGGUCGUUCCGGUGUGGGUUAUGCCAUGGACUCUGUUGGUCCUCAUUCUUCAUCGGCCGACUCCUCAUCUCCUACGGCGCCAGGUACCUCUCCAUCUCCAAGUUGCAAAUGGUGAUCAACUUCUGGUUCUUGGUUCUAGGACAGUUUCUAUGAGCAAUAUUACUUUACCCGACACCAUAUAUGUCCCUAAGCUCGUUCCCAACUUGGUUUCCGUUGGCCAAUUAACAGACGACGGUUGUGAUGUCUCCUUUAAUACGAAUGGAUGUAUUGUGCAGGACCAGAGAACUGGGAGGGUUAUCGGGAUAGGACAUAGGCAGGGCCGAGUUUUCGUGUUGGAUGCAUACCAGCAGCAGCCCUCAGGGCACUUGGAGGCGACGUCCAGUAGUAGUGAUCACCAGUCUUCUCUUUUGGAUACUGAUGUUUCUGGUUUUUCAGUUAAACCUUUGGAUUUUUUUGGUUCAGACCUCUCGUUGGGAUUUAUAGCAUUGUCUGUUGGGCCAUCCUCAUUCUGCUAGAUUGCUUUAUAUGUUUCAGAAUAAUAUUUUGACAGACACAAUUCUCAUCAUCUGGAUCCUUUUAUCUUCUUACGUGAGUUGCAUUGAGGCCAAGGCACAUAGAUCCUCUUUUUACUGCGAGUGAUACUAUGUACGAUGAGUCAUUUUUUGGUUCAUACUGAUCUUUGGGGUCCUUCGCCUGUUACCUCCCGGGUUGGCUAUCGAUAUUUUGACUUCUUUAUCAAGUUGUUGAUGUAUUUUCAGGCAACGUGCGGCGGGUGGAGGGUGGUGCAGCUUCAGGGUUGAUAUACGAAGGCAACUUGUGGUGGGAUAGUUAGAAAGUUUUUUCUUUUCUUUUUGGGCUAUGGUUGUAAACUUGUAAUUGGGUUGGGUUAAGUGUGGAUUGGCUAUGUAUUCGGCUAGUGCUUCGUUCGUUGGGCUUUGAGUUGGCUUGGGCCUUGGUGUAUUUUAUUCAGUUGUUUUGUUUAGUUGUUUUUCUCCUCUUUUCGGUGGGUUUGGUUUGUUCCAUUGUAUUUGGGGUAUCCUUUGUCUCCUGGACUUGUCUUCUAUAAUUAUGAACUUUGGCCUAAAUUUUAUAACAAAUUUAUAUUUUGUAAUUAAAUUAGGUUUCGUAA